AUGGGGAGAGCUGCCCACAGUAGGAGCCCAGGGCAGCUGGAAAACUCCGGCCUCUUCCUCCGAGCUUUCCUGCUCCUCUUCCUCCUCAGGCAUGUCUCUUCCCAGUGCAAGAUCCUCCGCUGCAACUCGGAGUACGUGGCGGCCACGCUCCACCUGCGCGGCCCCGAGCGCGGCGCCGCCUUCUGCACCGCGCUGCGCUCCUACUCGCUGUGCACCCGGCGCACGGCGCGCACCUGCCGCGGCGACCUGGCCUUCCACUCGGCCGUGCACGGCAUCGAGGACCUCAUGAUCCAGCACAACUGCUCCAAGGAAGGCCCCACGGCCCCGCCGCGGCCCCGGCCCGCGGCGCCCAACGCCGCGCACGGCUUCGAGUCGCUCGAUAUCUGCGAUUACGAGAGGAGUUUCCUCUACAAGCACGGCCGGCCCCCCGGUUUCCAGCACUGCGCUGCUUUUGGGGACCCCCACAUCCGAACCUUUCAUGAUGAUUUCCACACGUGCCGCGUGGAGGGCUCCUGGCCGCUCCUGGACAAUGAUUAUCUGUUUGUGCAAGCCACCAGCUCGCCGGUGGCCAAGGGGUCCAACGCGACGGUCACCAGCAAGCUCACCAUCAUCUUCAAGAACAUGAAGGAAUGCAUCGACCAGAAGGUCUACCAGGCCGAGCUGGACAACGUCCCCGCAGCCUUCCAGGACGGCUCCGUCGACGGCGGCGCGCGUCCCGGCGGGAGCAGCCUGUCCAUCCGCGAGCUCAGCCCCGGCCGGCACGUGGAGAUCCGCGCCGGCUACAUCGGCACCACCAUCGCCGUGCGCCAGGCCGGCCGCCAGCUCUCCUUCUCCAUCCGCGCCGCCGAGGAGGUGGCCAGGGCCUUCACGGAGGAGCAGGACCUGCAGCUCUGCGUGGGCGGCUGCCCCCACAGCCAGCGCAUGUCCCGCAGCCCCCGCGGGCGCGGCCGCGUCCCCGCCGAGACGGCGCGGGCGCUGUGCCGGGAGAUGCUGCCCGUGGAGGAUGUCUACUUCCAGUCGUGCGUCUUCGACGUGGUCACCUCCGGGGAUGCCAACUUCACCAUGGCGGCGCACGGGGCGCUGGAGGAUGCCCGGCUCUUCCUGCCCGAUGCUGAGAAGCUCCACAUCUUCCAGGCUGGGGGAGGCUGCCAGCUCAGCUCUCCAUUGUUUCUGCUCCUCUUCCUCCUCCCGUGUGGAUUUUGGGCUGGUUUGUUGCACUUUUAA